AUGAUUCAAAUUUUGACAUUUUUGACAGGCAUAGCCUUGAUUCAGUGAAUUCCCACGCAGAGGAGGACUUCCUUAUUGCCAUAUUCCUUUGUUCAGAACUUAUCGUCUCCAGAGUAUCACUACUCUUUCAAUUAUGACUUUAAUCAGCUUUAUCAAGAAAUCGAGACAAGUCUUGGAGAUCCAUUUGAAGAAGCUUACUUUGAUGUCAGACAAGAUGAGAUAUUUUACUUUGUCAGAAGAAGCAAAUUGGAUUAUCACAGAUUUAAGCUUGUUAGAUACAACAUGCUAACAAAUACUCAAGGUAGCUCUAUCUAA